AUGGCGCCGUCCAUCUCCAUUGCCGCCGCCUCGCCGGCCUCGGGCUGGAAGAGCGGCAGGAAGGCCGGGGCGGCGCCGGCGGAGGGCGAGGCGGAGAAGGAGGCGCUGCUGCUGCGGCGCCGCAACGCCGAGCUGGAGCGGGAGGUGGCGCUGCUGCGGGCGGAGCUGGAGGCCGCGCGGCUGCGCGCCGAGGCCGCGGAGGAGGCCGAGGAGCGGCUGUGCGCGCAGCUGGGCGAGGCCGAGUGCGAGGCCCUCGAGCUCGCGCGCGCCUACCAGGGCCACGUCCAGGAGCUCGCGCGGGAGCUCGCCGCCGCACGCAGCAGAUAG